AUGCUGUCCCGCAAGGCCACGGCCGUCCUGCUGGUAGUGCAUGCAGCCGCCAUGCUGGCCUCCCAGACAGAAGCCUUUGUUCCCAUCUUUACCUACGGCGAAGUCCAGAGGAUGCAGGAAAAGGAGAGGUACAAGGGGCAAAAGAAAUCCUUGAGUGUACAGCAGAGGUCAGAGGAGGUGGACCCCGUGGAGCCUUGGGAAGAAAAACAGGAAGUUAUUAAGCUGACUGCUCCUGUAGAAAUUGGAAUGAGGAUGAACUCCAGGCAGCUGGAAAAGUACCAGGCCACCCUGGAAGGGCUGCUCCGCGAGGUGCUGCCAUCCUCCCGGAACGGUACGGGGGACCCAGAGCCUGCACUGUGCACGCUCACACAGUUUUCGAUGCACGUACUGAUCAACCCAAGCACAGCUGCGAGAUCCCGGGAAGUACUGCCAAGACAGCCGCUAAUAAGUGGGGGGAGAGGGCUGCAGCAGGGCGCGUCGGAGGGUGCGGAGGAAGAGACACAGGAAUCUCUCUCUAAAGCGUGGGAUUGCAGGAACCAGAUCCAGGACCCCUCCUCGCCCUUCCCAGCCCCCUUAGGUCCCUCCUUCGGUCAGUAA